UAGGUAAACGCACCGUCGUCGCUGUGGUGGUGUCGUGUGCGCUCGUCCUUCCCCGUGUGUCUGUGUGUGCGUGCGUGUGUGUGCAUGUGAACGUGGUGAAUAUUCAUACGAGCGAGGUGAUUAUAGUCGACGCCGUGUGUGUCAUAUGUGCAGUGARUUAUCGCGCGCGCGCGCGUGUGUGUGUUUGUGUGUGUCACCGAGACAGAACCUGGUGAAAAUGGCGUGACAUGGGUGGCUUGACGGGUUGUCAGCCGGCUUGGACAGGUGUACGGUAUCAAAAGCUCACMCACCAUCACAAACCCACCGACGGAUGUUGGUCGUUCUCUUGUUCCGGUUGCGGCAGCGUGCAAAUGUUACAGGCUGAGGGAUUAAAUUCUAUUGUGGGAAAUGCGUUUAGAAUGGCGUAUGCUGCCCAACUGGAGCUGGAAAGACGAUCGGUGACGAACUCUCCAAAAACCAAUYUGAAUAAUACUUCUUGGAUGAAAUUAAAUGAUAAAUUAAAUGUACAACGAAUCAAUAAUGGCUCUCCGUUGUCGAAGAAGCUUWCUGAAACUCCUAAACCAACUCCACCUACCACCCUACCAGGCGUACGUCCUUUUGACCAUAGCAAAGACUUAGAUCUCACGCCAGGACAAUUUUCUACUCCAACUAGUAGUGACGACAGUCCCGAUUUAAAUACAUACAAGCGUAUGUUGGAAAAACCUCCAUUAAUUAAACGUUUAGCCAUGGGCCUAUCCGUACACAACAACUGCUCUAACGAAGACUGGUAUCCACUAGUUUGUAGCUCUUCUGUAUCAAGCUCACCRUCUACAAAUAGUGAUGAUUKCAGUACGCCUGAAUCUUCCCAGGACAAAUUAAAAGACAAUAGAUUAACUCAGUGUAGUGUACGAUCACCAGAUUCACCUACAAAUAUCAAACUUAAAAAUAAUUUGAUUUCAAAUGGAAUGGACAAAACUCCAACUCCUCCGCCUUUGCCAGAACGAUCAGAUAGUCUUCUGGAUAAACCAGAAGAGUGUGAAUUAAAAAAAGCCCCAUGGUUUCAAGCCGGAAUUCCAAGAGAAAUAACUUUGGAAGUCUUGGGACAAGAACCAGUGGGAGCUUUUAUGGUUCGUGAAAGUACCACCAAACCAGGUUGUUUUGCGUUGUCACUAAGAGUACCUCAAGAAUUUCAUCCUCUAGGAAUCGCUCACUAUCUAAUACUCAGAACAAAUAAAGGGUUUAAAAUAAAGGGUUUUACGAAGGAAUUCACAACGUUAACCGCAUUAAUAACACAUCAUUCAGUAAUGCCAGAAUUACUACCUUGUACUUUGUCUUUGAGCCGGUACAAUCCAACAUUUGUAAAAUCUGAUUCCAAUCAGGAUUUUGCGGAUAUUGAUGCAGAUCCAGAUUACAAUACGCUUGCAGACUUUAGAAAAAUGAUGGCUGAUUUAAAUGUAUAAACUUUUAGAAAUCCAAUACGCCAAAGCAAUAUUAUAUCCAUUUAAAAAGAUUCUUAUUCUUAAAUUUAAAUAUAUUUUUUAAUAAUAGUAAUAAUAUGA